AUGGCGUCCGACGAGGAUGACGACUACAUGAACAUGACCUUCGGCGAGGAGCCGCCCAAGCCCACCGAGACCUCGCUGCAGCGGCGCCAGCGCCUCAAGCGCGAGGGCGAGAUCAAAGCGCACGCCAAGUCGAAAGCCGUGCUCGCAGCCGAGGAGCGCGAGGCGCGCGAGGCCGCACUAUCAAAAUCGCUGCUCGAGGACGCCGCGGCCAAGAAGAGCAAGGGCCUCGCCAUGAUGGCCAAGAUGGGCUUCAAGAAGGGCGGCACGUUAGGUAGCGUUGAUAAUGCUGAGAAUGCGCGCCGCGAGCCUAUUAGGCCGGAGAUGAAGGACGAUCGUGGUGGUAUUGGGCUGGAUUCGGAGCGCAAGCGGAAGCUGGAUGAGGUCGUGGAGGAAGAGCUGAAGAGGGUUAGGGUUGAUGAGAAUGAGUUUCGUGAUCGUGUGCGUAGGGAGCGCGAGCAGGCGAGGAAUGAGAGCCUGGUUUAUGCUGCGAUGAAGGUGUGCGAGCGCAUGGACGAGGAGGCGCAGGCGCAUGCGGGCGGUGCCUAUGCGGAGGCGAAGGUGGAGACGGAAGCGGGUGAGACGGCGGCAAAGAAGAAGAAGAAGAAGACGCUGUCGACACGGCCACUGAAGUCGAUCCCGGUCGUCUGGCGGGGGCUCAUCCGCCGGCGGGAGGAGGCCGAGCGCGACCGCCGGAUGAAGUACGACCUGGAGCAGAGCAGCUCGACAUCGCGCCUGCCGACCUACGAGGACGACCUGGAGGAGGAGGACGACAAGCGGGCCAUGGGCAAGCUGAGCACCACCCACGCGCAGGUGGAGGACCUGGACGAGGAGGAUCCGGAGCUGGACGAGUUCAACGCGCUUGAGGCUGGCGAGAGGCUGCGGCUGCUGGUGGAGUAUCUGAGGAAGGAGUAUCUGUAUUGCUUCUGGUGUAAAUGCGGGUACGAGGAUGAUGCUAUGGAGGGCUGCCCGGGGAUCACGGAGGAGGAACACGACUAG